GAGCUGCUGUUCACGAUCUGAACACCAUCGAUUGGUCGGCCUUUUUUUUUUUUCAAGAAAAAGUUUGAGAGGUGGGAUGUCAUUCGACACCACUUUAAUAACAAAUUUUGAAGCUUGGGAGAAGAAAUUGCAUGAUCUCUUUCCUCUCCGCCUCGCGGUUCAACCUUGUUCGAUCCUUAUCCGCCUUAAAGGUGUUCUAUUGCUACAACAGCAAAUUGAACUAUCAUCAGAACAUUCUGCAGAUGGCUCGAUCAGCAUUGGAUGAAGUAACAGAAUCUGGUGCAUUCAACCGCACAGCAUCAACCUUCCGCAACUUUAUUUCAAAAGACAAGUCAUCCCAGUUUUCUGCAGAAUAUGGAAGAUAUCAUCUAUACAUAUCAUAUGCAUGCCCUUGGGCAUCCAGAUGUCUUUCCGUUGUGAAGAUCAAAGGGCUUGACAAGGCGAUCAGUUACACGGUAGUCAAACCAAUAUGGGAAAGAACAAAGGAAAGUGAUCAGCAUUUUGGAUGGGUCUUCCCCAUUUCUGGCACUGAAGAACCAGGUGCUGAGCCCGACUCUCUGAAUGGAGCUAGAAGUAUUAGGGAACUUUAUGAGAUAGCUAGCUCUAAUUAUUCUGGAAAAUAUACUGUUCCUGUUUUAUGGGAUAAAAAACUCAAAACAAUUGUGAGCAAUGAGAGUUCGGAUAUAAUCCGCAUGUUGAACACCGAAUUUAAUGAUAUAGCGGAGAAUGCUGACUUGGACUUGUACCCCUCUCACAUGCAAGCAAUGAUAGAUGAGGUCAAUGAAUGGGUAUAUGACAUGAUAAACAAUGGCGUUUAUAAAUGUGGUUUUGCGAAGAAACAAGGUCCCUAUGAUGAGGCGGUGGCAAAGUUGUAUCAAGCCUUGGACAAAAGUGAGGAGAUUCUGAGUAAGCAACGCUAUAUUUGUGGGAAUGCAUUGACUGAAGCUGAUAUUCGCUUGUUUGUCACUCUCAUAAGGUUUGAUGAGGUUUAUGCUGUUCAUUUCAAGUGCAACAAAAAGCUCUUGCGUGAAUAUCCGAAUCUGUUCAAUUACACCAAAGACAUAUACCAAAUCCCAGGCAUGAGCAGCACGGUCAACAUGGAACACAUAAAGAAGCACUACUACGGAAGCCAUCCUACCAUAAAUACAUACGGCAUCAUCCCACUAGGUCCUAACAUUGAUUAUUCUUCUCCUCAUGAUAGAGAAAAAUUUGGGAGUUAGUUUCGAUAAGUUCAUUCAAGGCAUGUUCACCAAGCUCUGUCAAGACAUUCUACUUUGUUUAAAGCAGUGUCCUUGUGGUAGAAAACUAGAUCAGAAAGGGGUGAAGUAGACCAUUUAAAAUUUUCUAUCAUCUUCCCGUGUGCAAAUAUAUGGAUGCAAUGGUUGAAUAAGCAAAUUUUGCUGAAAUUGCUUGGUUGAAUAAACAAAUAUAUUUGUGCUUGGUGAGUAUAAUUGUACCAGGAAUUAUAUUUUUCCUUUGUUCAGUUAGACUCUCUUCAUUA